GAACCUUAAACUACCCAUUUGCUGUAUACUAUCAUCCUGCGCAGCAUUAAUCUAUCACUGGACAAAAAUGUCUCCCAUAAUUUAUUUGAUGUUCCUAGUUAUCAUAGCAAGUUCUGGUUCUCCAAUACAUGCUGUUCAAUACCAAGUCACCAACAGGGCCACAGGCACACCAGGAGGCACUAGAUUUGAGAAUGAGAUUGGCAUCCCUUUCACCCAGCAAACCAUCCAACUCGCCUCUCAGUUCAUUUUGCAAACCUUCAAACAAAUUGAUCAAUUUGGUGGUAAAAACAUUGAGCAUGUCAGUGUGAUUGUGACAGCCUUAAAUGGGAAUUCUGCAGCCAUUACCAGUGACAACAACAUUUUCCUCGACUCAAAUUACAUAGAAGGUUUUAGCGGCGAUGUGAGGAAUGAGGUAAUUGGGAUCUUGUACCACGAAGCGACGCACAUUUGGCAGUGGUUUGGGAACAAAGAGGCUCCUAGAGGACUCACUGAAGGUGUUGCUGAUUUUAUGAGGUUGAAGGCUGGGUUUGCGCCGCCUCAUUGGGUUCCGAGAGGGACAGGUAGUGGAUGGGAUGAAGGGUAUGUUGUUACAGCUUAUUUUCUGGACUACUGUAAUGGGCUUAGAGAUGGGUUUGUGGCUAUGCUCAAUGCUAUGAUGAAGGAUCAUUACAGUGAUGAUUUCUUUGUGAAAUUGUUGGGCAAGAGUGUUGAUCAGCUUUGGAGUGACUAUAAAUCAGUGUUUGGGAAUUGAUAUAUAUAUACUAAUUGUGUUA